AUGAGUUCUGACGCUGAAAUCCAGGAGAUAGCCAUCUCCCCACACGCGGAUACCGAGAUCCUCAUCACGGAAUACACUGGGGCUUAUAUGGGUGGAAAGAAAAUAGUAAGAAGCGUUUCAAUGAAAGUUGAGCGCCACAAGCUACUUGAAUUUGAAUACUUUCGAGCAAUGUUUAGCCACGGGCGAUGGCUUGAAUCUGAAAGUCGGAAGAUUACCCUGAAGGACAACUGCAAGGGCAUGGAAGUUCUCCUGCGAAGCCUUCACGGCACCCUCGAGGACAUGUCUCUCGAUUCAGUGACUAUUGCAGGGACAUGGCAUGUGAUCAUGUCCUGCGAUAAGUAUAACGUUGAUCAGAAAAGACUGAGUUCAUGGUUCAAGAAUUGGUGGAGACAUGAGACCCAGAAGCAAAUCAACACAUUUUACUACAUGCGGUUUGCUAGGGAAGCAAUGUAUCCAUGCUUCGUAUUCGACCAUGCCUCUGCUUUUCAGGAGGUUACCAAAAGGCUCGUUUAUAAAUCUGUGGGCCACAUCACCGAGAGCAAUCCGACAGAUAUUAGACAGAUGCAUUUGCCACCGCGCAUCAUCCAGCAGAUCAAUGCGGCCCGUGGGCGCCUACGUGUCAUUCUCCACCGAGAGCUAUACGCCGAAGUCGGAGAUAUCGUCAACAAUGGCGAAUGUUCCUGUAAGGAACUUACGACUUUCGAAUAUUUGCGCGAGCUAGGGAGGAUUGAAGUUUGGCCCCUGGAGGACUCCAUGAGAAACCAAAGUAUUCAAGAGAUGCUCGAAAGACUGAGUCUAUUCGAUGAAAAAAAUAUGAGAUCCUAUACAAACCCCAGAACUGGGAAAGUUGGGUCAUGCAAUUCCUGCAAUCAAUCAUGGGGAGAAAUUGUUCUGAGAGCAGCGAGCACAGUGAGCAAAUAUUUCGAUGGUCUCUGUUUGGAUUGCAUGGACCUUAGUAAGGAUCUACGGUCAGGUGGUGACAGGGAUGAUGAUUACUGGAGGCAUAAUGAGCUACGAAAUUGGGAUAGUGGUUGUCGGAUCAAACAUGGCGAACCAACUUGGUACUUCAGCUUCAUGGGCCGCCGGGAAAAGCGUGGUUUGAUCGGAGAUUAG